UCUCUGCGAUUUAAGGCUCUAAAGUUCUAGUUUUUGUGGCGAAGUUUCAGAUUCUCUCUCACCAAAUAGACAUCGAAGAUGCCAGGGCUCACCUGCAAUGCGUGCAAUAAGGAAUUCGAAGAUGAUUUACAGCAAAAGCUUCAUUACAAAUCCGAAUGGCACCGUUACAAUCUCAAGAGGAAGGUUGCAGGCGUUCCAGGAGUGACUGAAGCAUUGUUUCUAACUAGGCAAGCUGCAUUAGCCCAAGAACAAAAUAAGUCAAAGGAGACUCCUAUGCUAUACAGCUGUGCUCUAUGUGCCAAAGGUUAUAGAAGUGUGAAAGCGCAUGCUCAACAUCUUAAAUCAAGAACUCAUCUCAUGCGGGCAUCACAAUCAAGUGUUGGAGAUACAGUGAUUAAGCCUCUCCAAAGCCGUGCUGCUAAUAAGCCUGCCCCACGAAGAGAGGCUGCUAACAACGAGGAGAAUGAAGAGAGUGAAGAUGAGUGGGAGGAAAUCAACGCAGAGGACUAUUUGGUUGAUGAAGCCACUGAUUCAUUAACCCAGUUGGAUGUGGAUGAAGCCUCAAAUGAUGACAUGGAUGAAGAUGAUGAUGAUGAUGAAGAAGAAUUGGAACCUUCCUGUUGCUUUAUGUGUGAUUUAAAACAUGAUAACAUAGAAAGCUGCAUGGUUCACAUGCACAAGCAACAUGGAUUUUUCAUCCCCGAUAUUGAGUAUCUGAAGGAUCCCAAGGGCCUCCUUACUUAUCUUGGGCUUAAGGUUAAAAGGGAUUUCAUGUGCUUGUAUUGCAAUGACAAGUGCCAUUCCUUCAACAGCUUAGAAGCAGUGAGGAAGCAUAUGGAGGCAAAAAGUCAUUGCAAAGUACAUUAUGGGGAUGGGAGUGAUGAUGAGGAAGCCGAGUUGGAGGAAUUUUAUGAUUAUAGCCACAGUUAUGCGGAUGGAGAUGGGAAACAGCUGGUCACAGUGGAAGACAUGGACAACUCUGUUGAACUUGGAAGUGGUGGGGCUGAGCUAGUGCUGACAAGAAAAAUGGAUGGUGGGAUAUCAGUUAAAACUCUCGGAUCUUGGGAAUUUUUGCGCUACUACCGCCAGAAACCGCAUCCCUCACCUAGAAGAGAUGUUGCCAUUGCUAUUGCAUUAGCCAAAAAGUACAAGAGCAUGGGCUUAGCAACAGUGCAGUCAAAAGAGCCGAUUGUAAGGAUGAAGGUGUUGCGGGAGAUGAAUAGGUCAGGUGUGGAAGCCAUGCGUAGCAAGAUGGGAAUGAAGAGUAAUGUCAUCCGGAAUCUCCCCAACAAUGUCCCAUAUUAGUCUUUGGCUGAAUUUCUUCAAUUUAGUGACAGUUCUACGUAUUGUUGUCAUGGAGUGUUAUUGUUCUUCUUGUUAGGUUAUUUUAUCUACAUUAACGAGUAUGAAUUAUCUUGUCGAAAGAGGCCAAGGUUGUGCACAGAAUUGUAUCAGGUGAUUCAAGGAAUCAUGCUUUUAAGAUGCACAAUAAUAACCCAAAGAAAGUCUCUUUUACGGUUGGGAAUUACAGUUUAAGCUAGUAUUUUUAUUCUCU